UGUAAUUUUUCAACACCAUAUAGGAGCCAAUCUUCUUUUGUCGAAAUCCCAGUAAAUUGAUACGAAUCCCCCAUCGACACAUGAAUAAUCAGAAUGCGCGCUGGGCGCCGUAUGGCCUGCAGGGUGGAAGAGGCGAUGGCCAACCGGCGGAUGAGCCGGAGAUCAUAGUUAUCAACGAACGGGACCUGCGGGCCUUCAUCUUCCGGGUUUACUUGUCCUCCGCCAUACUAUGUGCCCUAUCUGGCAUUCCAUGGAUCAUCCUGUCGGCCCUCCACGUGAAUGUGUACGAGGACAUUCCAGUUCCGCCGUUCGUGUGGCUGCUCCUGUCCUUCAUCAUCCUCACGAUACUCAGCUGUAUUCGACAGACGCCGCCCAUCACCUUGUUGUGCUGGGGAAUGGUCCUGGCAUCGGUGUUCUUCAUCACCCUGUAUGGAGCGUACUACAUGCAUCUGGUGAACGCUUGGGUCCUGCUCGUGUCCCUGGUGGCGGCAGGUGCUCUGCUGGCCCUGCUGCAUUUGUAUGGGGCCAAAAGUCCGGAGAUGCUGCUGCCCAACCUGCUCUGCACUUGCUGCGUCUUCCUGCUAGCCUCCAUCACGAUGAUCGUGCUCAUGAUCCUGUUCCUGGUCAUCCACGACCUGCGCUACAUGCUGGCCUUCGCCUGUGUCUUCGUUGUGCUGAUCAUUUUCAUGGCUCCCUUCCAGGCCCGCUACAUCUGCGGAAGACUCCGACAAGUGCCCUUCGGGGAGACAGCGAGCUCCGCCAACGGCAUCUACCUGCACUUUGUCUUCCUGCUCGCCUGCAUGCUGGUCUUCGCCCUGUACUACCAUUACGUUAAUAAAUAAUUAAUAUUAGUGAU